AUGAGCUCCCCUAGGGCAUCUCAUCGUGGACCUGCUACCAUGUUCAUUUUGGUUGGCUUCCCAGGUAUGGAAGACUCUCACUUCCGGCUGGCUUUCCCUCUGUGCUUCCUUUUCAUGGUGGCCGUUCUUGGCAACUGCACCGUUAUUUACAUCAUCAAAGUUGAACGUAGCCUCCACGAACCCAUGUACCUUUUCCUCUGCAUGCUGGCAGCCAUUGACAUCAUGAUAGCCCUGUCCACCAUGCCCAAGAUGAUGGCCAUAUUCUGGUUCAAAUCCACCAACAUUGCCUUUGAUGCUUGCUUGGUCCAGAUGUUCUGCAUCCACAGCCUAUCAGGAAUGGAAUCAACCAUCUUGUUGGCUAUGGCUUUUGACCGCUACAUUGCCAUAUGCUACCCGUUGAGUCACUCGUCAAUCCUCACCACCCCCAGGAUAGCGAAAAUAGGACUGCUGGCCAUAAUCCGCGGGGCAGCCCUGAUGGGCCCUUUACCGAUUUUUAUUAAGAGGUUGCCAUUUUGCCGGUCUAACAUUCUAUCCCAUUCUUACUGCUUGCACCAGGACGUCAUGAAGCUAGCCUGUGCCAGCAUUAAAGUUAAUGUCAUCUAUGGACUGGUAGUCAUCAUUUUUGCCAUUGGGCUGGAUUCGCUGCUCAUCUCCUUGUCAUACUUCUUCAUCCUUAAGGCUGCACUCGGCUUGACCCAAGAAGCACGUGUCAAGGCUUUAGGAACAUGCAUCUCCCACAUCUGUGCUGUCUUCCUAUUCUACGUGCCCUUCAUUGGCUUGUCCAUGGUGCACAGGUUUGGCAAGACCCACGGCUCCAACAUCCACACUGUGAUGGCCAAUGUACACCUUCUGGUGCCUCCAGUGCUGAACCCCCUUGUGUAUGGGGUGAAGACCAAACAGAUCCGUCACAGAAUGCUGCGGGCCUUCUGUAGGAUGAAGUCCUGCUAA